GACGACUUUAAAUAAUAUAUUGCUUUAAAAAUUAAAUUUUAAUUCCAUGUUUUGGCGGCACGAGUUUAGUGGUUUAAUUAUUCGACCAAUGAUGUUACAUCUAAAUCGGACGAGACGCAUGAUUCAUUGCCUCAAAACUUACAACUAACACAGAAAACAGCUUUAACCCUGCCCACAUGAAUAUCCACUCCUCCCAUCACAAUUUUAGGGAAAUACCUAAUAUCCUAUUAUUAUAUAAAUUAUUUCCAAUUGGGAUUGGAGAAAAGCAAUUUUAAAAGGGAAAUUUUAGUGCAUUAACUCAGUAAUUGAAACUCGCCGAUUCGUACUGAUAAAUGAAAGUACGAAAUAAUUUAUUUUAUGUAUAUUUCUAAGUUUAUUGGCAAUAAAUAUCAUAUGUGACGCUGAUAUGAGAGUUUUGGCUAGUUUCGAUUCGUAAUUAGAUAUUACUGAGUUGGUGGAAUCACUUUAAAUGUUUGGUGUCCCCUCUAGUGCGGUGUUCAUUCGAAAUUCGAAUAGUUUGGCGGCAGUCAGUAUCGCGCACAAAGAGAAUCUAGUGCGCAUGUACCGGAAAAGCGUUCGCAUCAGAAACGAGGUUCAUCGCUGCAACGAUAAUAUGGCGUACUAAGCAUCCCAAUAGCUCGAUAUUUUAAUGGCGAAAAAUUAAGGAAAUUACCAUUUGCUAGCGGAAAUUCGAAGAGAUAAAUGAUAAAUAAGAAUAAUUCUAUGGUGUGAUGGUUGUUUGUGCAGUGAAUUAAAACCUUUGGAAGAGGAAAACACGCUUAAAAGUCGUAGAAUGGCAAAUGAUUCUGCGGAAAAGGAAGCGAGUGAGGUCCUACAUACCCUGUUGUCGGUUGAAAGAAUCGAGAAGCAAGAAGUGAUAAUUGACAGCAAAGAUACUGAAUCCCCGUCGCAUUCUUUCCACUCAAAUUCGGCCACCAAUGAAGCGGAAGGAGAAUCAACUAUUCAGUAUACUCCGGUGUCGAUUGCCCAUUCACUUUUUUCCGCCAUAGAUGGAGCGAACCAUUUCGCUCAGGCAAUGGACGAUCAGCAAGUAGUGAUAUGGGAAGGGCCCGCCAUAGUCGAUCCCAUGGAUAGCAACAUCAAUGGAAUUUAUACCACCCAAACGCAAAUUGAGGAACCAGAAUCAGAAAUUUCGAAGAAAUUGAACGUCAACGUUAAAGGCCAACAGAAAUCUGCAGGGGUUAAGAAAAAGGCAGCAACGAAAAAAAAGAAGAAAAAUGAUGGGGCUUCGUUAAACGAACCCACGAAAUUAGAAGAAAGUGCGGCGCAAGUUAAAGAGCGUUUCAAAAGGGGUUGCGAGUGUCAAGAUGAAAGUUGCUUCAGAGGUCUGAAUCCUGAAACAGUCUUUAAACACCGGCAUAACAUUGCGGAACUAACAAAAGGAGAACACGACAUGUAUUUAAUGGGUGUCACGAUGGCAUGCCUAGCAAAUCCAGAUACCACCGUCAGACAUAGGGAACGAAGACGAUUAAGGGCCCAAUAUGUCUACCAAGGUAGAAGGGUGUGUUUGGAUGCGUUUCUUUAUUUAGAAAACUGCACCCAUUACCAACUCAAAAGGAUCCGUAAACAUGUGAUGACCCACGGCGUGGCACCCAGGGUCCAUGGAAACUAUGGCAAACGACCUCACAAUACGUUUUCUUUAGACACAUAUUGCCACGGGAGGGAAUUUUUGAAACAGUAUUUAGAACAGCAUACCGGGGAAAAGGAUACACUAAACACCAAACAACCCAUACAGUUGCCAUGGGAUGUUACACGAAAAAAUUUACAUGACGCUUAUAAAGAGUACGGACAAGGGCCGGGUAUCAAGCUUAUGGGUUACUCGACGUUUCGCCAUUUUAUGAAGGAACAGUUUCCACACGUAAAAUUUUGCAAAAUGGAGCCCAAGGUUAACAAUCAGCAUCACAGUCAGCAAACGCAACCUCCAGCCCAAGUCCAACAGCAGUUGCAGACUGUUGACCGAUCUCGGGAACAAACCGUUCAACAAGUACAAAAAUGUGUCAUCAACAAUGAAGUGCAACAGGUUAUACCCCUGGUAGUGGCUCCACCAAAUGAUAAUACAGGGAAUCAACAUCAUCAACAGACGUUUUUAGUUACACCCGUAUCUCAAUUAAUACCGAAUGGAAAUAUUGUUCAGCAAAAUACAAACACCCAUAAUACAACCAAUACAUUUUCAUAUCAAUUAGCCAACACGGGUUAUGUUAUUAACGAACAGGGAAAUAUUGUGACGACUAUGGCGAACGGUCAGCACCAUGCAUCAUAUUUUGGCAGAAUGCAAUAAAUGAUGACAUCGAAAUAUUUAAUUAAUUCUUCCUUUAUAUAUUUAUUUUUUUCCUCAAAUAUUGUAUUUAUUAGACGUAUAUUUUCCAUUUUUCUAUACCCAUGAACCACAACACAAUAAAAAGACAUUACAGUUCUUCCAAGAAUCAGAUAAUUUUGAUAAUUUACGGAUGAUUUGGUGAGAGGUUAUAACUUGCAUUUCGGGAAAAGUAAAAUUUUGUUCUGAGCACUUUUUCCCUAUGCGUGCUUAUAUCGAGUGAUCAAACCAUAUGAAUCUACGUUUCAUAUGUAUAUAUAUUCAUAAUUUCAUUGUAAAUACUGUUUUCCCGUAGUGUAUUUUUAGCUCCGCUGAUGUUUGUAUUUUGCUUAUCCCUUCCGAGGGUUUUGCGGUAGUGUUUUUGUAUGAUAUUGAUGGUAAAAAUUACUAUUUUCUAAGUUUAGAAAGUGAUAUUGCAAAAGACACUUGUAUUCUUAGUUAAAAAAGGAACGUUUGUAAAAUAAAAG